AUGGCUUCCUCGUCAAGCUCUUCAGACACUACUCCGGGAAAAUUAGAGUCUGCCACCCUCUCGGAGAAAGUAUUUGAUCAUAAUCUCGUUGAUUGGGAUGGCGAUAAUGAUCCUGAGCACCCCCGUAAUUGGUCAACGCGUGACAAAUGGGCAAACAUUGGGAACAUAUCGAUAUUGGCAUUGAUCACGAACAUGGCUCCUACAAUGUGUGCGCCCGGUGUGGCAGAGAUUGCUGCUGACCUCCAUAUCAAAUCGACAGUGGUCAGCACACUGGCCAUUACACUUUACCUUAUGGGAAUCUCCAUAGUGAGAUCUACGGAAGGGUCCCGGUCUAUCACGGAACUUACGUUCAUCUUUGUUGUCUUUAUCAUUGGUGGCGCCUUGAGCAAAACCACUGCCCAAUACAUGGUCUUCCGUUUCCUAUCAGGAUGUGCUGGUGGCACCCCUAUGGCACUGGGUGGAGGCAGCAUUGCUGAUCUCACCACAAGUCAGGAAAGAGCCACGGCGAUGGCAUUGUUUAGUCUCGGACCACUGGCAGGACCGGUCCUUGGUCCCGUCAUUGGUGGCUUUGUUGCAGCCGGCAAAGGCUGGCGUUGGACUUUCUGGCUUCUAGCAAUUCUCGGAGGAUCAUUUGGCAUUGCAUCCCUCGUCCUUCUGCGUGAAACACAUCCCAAGAUCCUUCUCAGCCGAAAGACCGAUCGCAUACGUACCAUGACUGGAAACCCGGAUCUACAGUCCAAACUGGACAGCACUCUAUCCCCUCGUCAAGUUGUGUUGCAAGUUCUCGUCCGCCCCCUCAUGCUCUUGGUGCAAUCGCCAAUCUUAUUAGUCAUUUCUCUCUACGUGGCGCUGGUCUUUGGCGUCAUGUACCUGCUUUUUACCACGUUCACCGGUGUUUUCGAGGGACAAUAUGGCUUUUCCAUGGCUAUCUCUGGGCUUACCUACUUGGGGCUUGGUGUGGCGCUCCUGUUCAGCAUGCUCAUUUUUAACAUGUUCAAUGCCCGGGUUUUGGCGUCCCGCAUGAAGGCUGAUCGUGUACAGCAGCCACGCCCUGAGUACCGUCUCCUCUUUAUGAUCUGGUUCAGUCCAUUUGUGGCAUUUGGUCUUCUCCUUUAUGGUUGGACCUCAUACUACCAGAUUCACUGGAUCGUACCCAUUGUAGGGACAUUCAUGAUUGGAUUCGGGGCUUAUUUUGUGAUCAUGCCCGCGCAACUAUACCUGGUCGAUGUCUUUGGCUCAGAGGCCGCCGCAUCAGCACUCGGUGCCAACAAUCUUCUGCGUUACAUUUCCAGUAUUUUCCUUCCCCUCGCUGGGCCAAGUAUGUAUAAGACCUUGGAUUAUGGGUGGGGUAACUCAUUACUCGGCUUCCUGGCGCUUGCCUUCCUCCCAGGCCCUAUCCUCCUUUACAAGUAUGGAGAGCGACUACGCGCUUACACAAAGGUGGCUUUCUAG